AUGUCUAUCUAUCUUCCUGGAGACGUAAUCAAUGAGCCAUCAUCUAGUGAUUCUUCAAUCAUCGGCUAUGGCAUCAACCUGCGUGGGGAUAAAAGAUUGGUAACCCAGCCAGGGGCACUGCGAAGUGAAGAAGGAAAAGUUUGGCUCAGCGUUCACAGCAAGAGAUAUAUUCCACAAGAAGGAGACCGAGUAAUCGGGAUUGUCACAUCAAAAACCGGUGAUUUCUUCCGGUUAGAUAUUGGAACCGCCGAAUAUGCUAUGAUUAACUUCACUAACUUUGAAGGAGCUACAAAACGCAACAGACCUAAUCUGAAAACUGGGGACAUUAUCUAUGCAACAGUAUUCGAUAGUACUCCGAGAACUGAAGCUGAGCUGACAUGUGUCGACGACGAGAAACGGGCUCGUGGAAUGGGACAACUCAAUGGAGGAUACAUGUUCAAGGUAUCUUUGAAUCACUGCCGUCGUCUCAUAAGUCCAUCCUGCAAAAUUCUCCUUACUCUUGGAAAUUUUUUCAAAUUUGAAAUCACUGUUGGAAUGAAUGGGAGAAUCUGGAUCAAUGCCUCAACGACAGACGACAUCAUCAAAAUUCACGAUAUUCUCGUCAAGUCUGAAUUAGUAACUGAUGAAGAUGAGCUAAUUGCUAUGGUUCAGAAUAAUUACACAAGAUCUGUCUGA